AUGGGGGAUAAAGAAUUGAUGUGGGCCUUGAAAAAUGGAGACCUGGACGAGGUUAAGACCCUAAUGAAGGUACGAUAUACUGUAGCUAACUUACUCGCAAAUCAGCCAGCUAAGUGCGCUAGCUAUCUAACAUUAGCUAGCUAUGUUUUGUCUGUAUAGCUAGCAAACGUUAGCUAGCCAUGGCUUUGCAAGGUUAGCUAGCUAGGUAGCUAACUUUCAUAGCUAGCAUCGCAUGCACACAUUAGUUAACUAUCCGUUCACCUAACUAUCACCAACUCACUGUAGUUAGUUAGCUAGCUAGAAGGUUUGCUUUUACAAACGUUUGUAAAACAAUCGCGAGAUUGGGUAGAUUGUUGGAUAGCUAGCUCAAGCAAACUAACGUUACCAUACUACACAGAAAUGGCUAGCUAUCUACGUUGCAUCCCCACUGUGCAACAGCUUGUUGUAAUCUGAUUCAAUCACUGUGUAUCGAUGUGUUUCUGUUUGCUAUUGCCUAAUGAAUGACUUUCUGCAGACAAGCAUAUAUAUGGCCAAGUACCUAGCUACUUAUUUAGCUAGAUAGUUGGCUCCUGCUUGAGAAUCAGUCAUGGUUGGUUUUUAGCAAGCAGUCUGUAAGUAGUUAUAGCCAAAUCAACACGCCCGUGUUGUGACAGCUAGUGUUAAGUGUGCGGAUUUCUCAGAACAUUGUUGCAAGGCAGAUCUAUCUAGAUGGCUAGCUAGCUAACGUUAGGUAGACGGCUUGCUAACUUCAUGCUGUUGAAAACAUGAAAUAGACCUAAUCGUACUACUUGUUUGCUCUCUGCUUUGAAUGAGGAUGUUCAGGGAAACUGUUGGAAUGGUUCUGUUAUCAUUCAGCCUCCAGACUGAGACUCACACAUUUUCAAGCCACACCUAUGCCAUUUUUAGAGCAGUGACACAUUAGCUAUUGGUCUGUAAACUGGUCAUCUUUAGUCACGUUUUAACAUUUUGGUCCAAUUCUAGACAUUUAAAUAGGCUCUGAAACUUGAAUAAAUCAUAUUUGAAGAAUACUUCAAUGAUGUCAGUCGUUUUGAAGGGGUCUUCUUGAAAUGGAUUUGAUCACCAAUGUUGCAUUCUCUGUAGGCCUACAUUCCAGGUGCGUACACUGCAUUCGGAAAGUAUUCAGACCCCUUGACUUUUUCCACAUUGUUACGUUACAGCCUUAAUCGAAAAUGACCAAUUCAUCUAGAUGGUUGUAAAGUCGUCUCAAAUAAAACUGUGAAGGACCUCGGUGUUACUCUUGACCCUGAUCUCUCUUUUGACGAACAUAUCAAGACUGUUUCAAGGACAGCUUUUUUCCAUCUACGUAACAUUGCAAAAAUCAGAAAUAUUCUGUCCAAAAAUGAUGCAGAAAAAUUAAUCCAUGCAUUUGUUACUUCUAGGUUAGACUACUGCAAUGCUCUAUUUUCCGGCUACCCGGAUAAAGCACUAAAUAAACUUCAGUUAGUGCUAAAUACGGCUGCUAGAAUCCUGACUAGAACCAAGAAAUUUGAUCAUAUUACUCCAGUGCUAGCUUCCCUACACUGGCUUCCUGUUAAGGCAAGGGCUGAUUUCAAGGUUUUACUGUUAACCUAUAAAGCGUUACAUGGGCUUGCUCCUACCUAUCUUUCCGAGUUGGUCCUGCCGUACAUACCAAUACGUACGCUACGGUCACAAGACGCAGGCCUCCUAAUUGUCCCUAGAAUUUCUAAGCAAACAGCGGGAGGCAGGGCUUUCUCCUAUAGAUCUCCAUUUUUAUGGAACAGUCUGCCUACCCAUGUGAGAGACGCAGACUCGGUCUCAACCUUUAAGUCUUUACUGAAGACUUAUCUCUUCAGUAGGUCAUAUGAUUGAGUGUAGUCUGGCCCAGGAGUGUGAAGGUGAACGGAAAGGCUGGAGCAACGAACAGCCCUUGCUGUCUCUGCCGGGCCGGUUCCCCUCUCCACUGGGGUUCUCUGCCUCUAACCCUGUUGCAGGGGCUGAGUCACUGGCUUGCUGGUGCUCUUUCAUGCCGUCCCUGGGAGGGGUGCGUCACUUGAGUGGGUUGAGUUACUGACGUGAUCUUCCUGUCUGGGUUGGCGCCCCCCCCUUGGUUUGUGCUGUGGUGGAGACCUCUGUGGGCUAUACUCGGCCUUGUCUCAGGAUUGUAAGUUGGUGGUUGGGGAUAUCCCUCUAGUGGUGCGGGGGCUGUGCUUUGGCGGAGUGGGUGGGGUUAUAUCCUUCCUGUUUGGCCCUGUCCGGGGGUUUCUUCGGAUGGGGCCACAGUGUCUCCGGACCGCUCCUGUCUCAGCCUCCAGUAUUUAUGCUGCAGUAGUUUAUGUGUCGGGGGGCUGGGGUUAGUUGGUUAUACCUGGAGUACUUCUCCUGUCUUAUCCAGUGUCCUGUGUGAAUUUAAGUAUGCUCUCUCUAAUUCUCUCGUUCUCUCUUUCUCUCUGAGAACCUGAGCCCUAGGACCAUACGUCAGGACUACCGGGCAUGAUGACACCUUGCUGUCCCCAGUCCGCCUGGCCUUGCUGCUAUUCCAGUUUCAACUGUUCUGCCUGCGGCUACGAAACCCCUACCUGUCCCAGACCUGCUGUUUUCAACUCUUUAAUGAUCGGCUAUGAAAAGCCAACUGAGAGACCUGAGCCCUAGGACCAUACGUCGGGACUACCGGCCGUGGUGACUCCUUGCUGUCCCCAGUCCGCCUGGCCUUGCUGCUAUUCCAGUUUCAACUGUUCUGCCUGCGGUUAUGGAACCCCUACCUGUCCCAGACCUGCUGUUUUCAACUCUUAAUGAUCGGCUAUGAAAAGCCAACUGAGAUUUAUUCCUGAUUAUUAUUUGACCAUGCUUGUCACUUAUGAACAUUUUUGAACAUCUUGGCAUGGUUCUGUUAUAAUCUCCACCCGGCACAGCCAGAAGAGGACUGGCCACCCCUCAUAGCCUGGUUCCUCUCUAGGUUUCUUCCUAGGCUUUCGCCUUUCUAGGGAGUUUUUCCUAGCCACCGUGCUUCUACACCUGCAUUACUAGCUGUUUGGGGUUUUAGGCUGGGUUUCUGUACAGCACUUCGAGAUAUUAGCUGAUGUAAGAAGGGCUAUAUAAAAUAAAAUUGAUUGAUUGAUUGAUUGAAAUGGAUGACACAUUUUUUUCUCAUCAAUCUACACAAAAUACCCCAUAAUGACAAAGCAAAACCGUUUUUUUUUAGACAUCUCCGAAGAUAAUUUUUUCAUUUACAUAAGUAUUCAGACCCUUUACUCAGUACUUUGUUGAAGCACCUUUGGCAGCAACUACAGCCUUGAGUCUUCUUGGCACACCUGUAUUUGGGGUGUUUCUUCUCUGCAGAUCCUCUCCUAGCUCUGUCGGGUUGGAUGGGGAGCGUCACUGCACAACUAUUUUCAUGCCUCUCCAGAGAUGUUCGAUCGGGUUCAAGUCCGAGCUCUGGAUAGGCCACUCAAGGACAUUCAUAGACUUUUCCCGAAGCCACUCCUGCGUUGUCUUGGCUGUGUGCUUAGGGUCGUUGUCCUGUUGGAAAGUGAACCUUCGCCCCAGUCUGAGGUCCUGAGGACUCUGGAGCAAGUUUUCAUCAAGGAUCUCUCUGCACUUUGCUCAUUUCAUCUUUGCCUUGAUCCUGACUAGUCAAAUCAAAUUGUAUUUCUCACAUACACGUGUUUAGCAGAUGUUAUAGCGGGUGUAGCGAAAUGCUUGUGUUUCUAGCUCCGACAGUACAGUAAUAUCUAACACAAAAAAGUAAUGAAUGGGAUUUAAGAAUAUAUACAUAUAUAUGGACAAGCAAUGACAGAGCGGCAUGGACUAAGAUACAGAAUAAUAUUAUAGAAUGCAGUAUGUACAAAUGAGAUGAGUAGUGCAAGAUAUGUAAACAUUAUUAAAGUGACUAGUGUUCCAUUUCUUAAUGUUGCCGGUGAUUUCAAUAGGCAGCAGCAGCCUCUAAUGUGCUAGUGAUGGCUAUUUAACAGUGAUGGCCUUGAGAUAGAAGCUGUUUUUCAUUCUCUCGGUCCCAGCUUUGAUGCACCUGUACUGACCUCGCUUUAUGGAUGAUAGCGGGGUGAACAGGCAGUGGCUCGGGUGGUUGAUGUCCUUGAUGAUCUUUUUGGCCUUCCUGUGACAUCGGGUGCUGUAUGUGUCUUGGAGGGCGGGUAGUUUGCCCCCGGUAAUGCAUUCGGCAUUACCGUUCCCAGUCCCUACCGCUGAAAAACAUCCCCACAGCAUGCUGCCACCACCAUGCUUCACCGUAGGGAUGGAGCCAGGUUUCCUUCAGACGUGACGUUUGGCAUUCAGGCCAAAGAGUUCAAUCUUGGUUUCAUCAGACCAGAGAAUCUUGUUUCUCAUGGUCUGAGAGUCCUUUAGGGCUGUUGUGCCUUUUACUGAGGAGUGGCUCUAGGAAAAGUCUUGGUGGUUCCAAACGUAUUCCAUUUAAGAAUGAUGGUGGCCACUGUGUUCUUGGGGACCUUAAAUGCUGCAGACAUUUUUUGGUACCCUUCCCCAGAUCUGUGCCUCGACAAAAACCUGUCUCUGUGCUCUACGGACCGUUCCUUCGACCUCAUGGCUUGGUUUAUGCUCUGACAUGCACUGUCAACUGUGGGACCUUUUACGGUGGCUUGCAAAAGUAUUCACCCCCCUGGGCAUUUUUCCUAUUUUGUUGCCUUACAACCUGGAAUUAAAAUUUGAUUUUUUUGGGGGGGGGGGGUUGUAUCAUUUGAUUUACACAACAUGCCUACCACUUUGAAGAUGCAAAAUAUUUUUUUGUGUGAAAAAAAUAGAACUUGAGCGUGCGUAACUAUUCACCCCCCCCCCCCCCAAAGUCAAUACUUUGUAGAGCCACCUUUUGCAGCAAUUACAGCUGCAAGUCUCUUGGGGUAUGGCUCUAUAAGCUUGGCACAUCUAGCCACUGGGAUUUUUGCCCAUUCUUCAAGGCAAAACUGCUCCAGCUCCUUCAAGUUGGAUGGGUUCCGCUGGUGUACAGCAAUCCUAAAGUCAUACCACAGAUUCUCCAUUGGAUUGAGGUCUGGGCUUUGACUAGGCCAUUUCAAAAAACAUUUAAAUGUUUCCCCUUAAACCACUCGAGUGUUGCUUUAUGCUUAGGGUCAUUAUCCUGCUGGAAGGUGAACCUCCGUCCCAGUGUCAAAUCUCUGGAAGACUGAAACAGGUUUCCCUCAAGAAUUUCCCUGUGUAUAUAGCGCCAUCCAUCAUUCCUUCAAUUCUGACCAGGUUCCCAGUCCCUGCCGAUGGAAAAACAUCCCCACAGCAUGAUGCUGCCACCACCAUGCUUCACUGUGGGGAUGGUGUUCUCGGGGUGAUGAGAGGUGUUGGGUUUGCGCCAGACACAACGUUUUCCUUGAUGGCCAAAAAGCUCAAUUUUAGUCUCAUCUGACCAGAGUACCUUCUUCCAUGUUUGGGGAGUCUCCCACAUGGCUUUUGGUAAACACCAAACGUGUUGUGUAUAUAUAUUUUUUCUUUAAGCAAUGACGUUUUUCUGGCCACUCUUCCGUAAAGCCCAGCUCUGUGGAGUGUACGGCUUAAAGUGGUCCUAUGGACAGAUACUCCAAUCUCCGCUGUGGAGCUUUGCAGCUCCUUCAGGGUUAUUUUUGGUCUCUUUGUUGCCUCUUUGAUUUUUUUGAUUUUUUUUUUUUAGUCAUUUAGCAGACGCUCUUAUCCAGAGCGACUUACAGGAGCAAUUAGGGUUAAGUGCCUUGCUCAAGGGCACAUCGACAGAUUUUUCACCUAGUCGGCUCGGGGAUUAGAACCAGCGACCUUUCGGUUACUGGCACUAUGCUCUUAACCACUAAGCUACCUGCCGCCCUGAUUAAUGCCCUCCUUGCCUGUGAGUUUUGGUGGGCGGCCCUCUCUUGGCAGGAUUGUUGUGGUGCCAUAUUCUUUCUAUUUUUUAAAUAAUGGAUUUAAUGGUGCUCCAUUGGAUGUUCAAAGAUUCAGAAAGAACCCUGAUCUGUACUUCUCCACAACUUUGUCCCUGACCUGUUUGGAGAGCUCCUUGGUCUUCAUGGUGCUGCUUGCUUGGUGGUGCCGCUUGCUUAGUGGUGUUGCAGACUCUGGGGCCUUUCAGAACUUGUGUGUGUAUGAGAUCAUGUGACACUUAGCUUGCACACAGGUGGACUUUAUUUAACUAUGUGACUUCUGAAGGUAAUUGGUUGCACCAGAUCUUAUUUAGGAGCUUCAUAGCAAAAGGGGUGAAUACAUAUGCACGCACAGCUUUUCCGUGAUUUAUUUUGUAUAAUUUUUUUGAAACACGUUUUUUUUUUUUCACUUCACCAAUUUGGACUAUUUUGUGUAUGUCCAUUACAUGAAAUCCAAAUAAAAAUAAAUUUUAAUUACAUGAUGUAAUGCAACAAAAUAGGAAGAAUGCCAAGGGGGAUGAAUACUUUUGCAAGGCACUGUAUAUAGACAGGUGUGUGUGUGCCUUUCCAAAUAAUGUCCAAUCAAUAGAAACAUGAUGCACUUGAGCUCAAUUGAGUCUCAUAGCAAAAGGUCUGAAUACUAAUGUAAAUAAGGUAUUUCUGUUUUUAUUUUUAAUUAAUUUGCAAACAUUUCUAACCCUGUUUUCGCUUUGUCAUUAUGGGGUAUUGUGUGUAGAUUGAUACAAAAUUAAUGUAAUCCAUUUUAGAAUAAGGCUGUAACAAAACAAAAUGUGGAGAAAGUGUCUGAAUACUUUCCGAAUGCACAGUACAUCAGGAAGGUAUCUAAGCAUUGGAUCUAUUUGUAAAGUAAGGGGAAAUUAUACUGAAACACAGCUUGUGGUUUAAGGUUUAGCCAGUCUGGUGUAGGUUGAACACCUUAAAAUAACUCAGGAGGCUAACUCUUGUUCAAAGCCUUACCACACUGAUGAAUCGUUAGGCCUGCAGAACUCCUGUGUGAAAGCAACAUGCCUUUUAUGCAUUUUGUUUCUACAGUAGGCUAGGAGCUAGACAAUCUAAUCUUUAUAGACCUACCAGUUGAUUAGCUAACUUCUGUGAAAUAGCCUAGCCCUAACCAUUAGGGUGGUCAGUAUUUAGGCUGUGCUUUCCUUUCAGCUUUUGGUAAUUGAGUCUAAUCAAAGUCAGAGGAGGUACGGCUAGUUCAAAAAAUUUACUGAUUUUGGCAAGCAAUAACAUUACUAAUGCACUGAGGUGCUGCAUUACUCAUAUUGAUCUCCAAGGCUGCGUUUACACAGGCAACCCAAUUCUUCUGAUCUUUUGCCACUAAUUUGUCUUUUGACCAAUCAGAUCAGAUGUUUUGCCAGUAAUUGACCAAAAGAUCAGAAUUGGGCUGCCUGUGUAAACCCAGCCCAAUAAUCCCAGAUUACAAUUAAAUUGCAAUAGGAUGGAAAUGUUUCAGAUCUGGGCUAUUAAAUUGCGGAGAUGGAUUACUGCACAUGUGGAUAUUACAGACUGCGAUCCACUGUGUUUUCCCUUACCCCUCAACCCUAAUGAAACCAUUUAAAUUGGCACCAUAUCAUCCAGCUCCUGGAGGACCGGUGGGGCUCUGUGGGUGAUUGGUGCAUAUAUAGCCAGUCAUACAGCUAGUGACGCGAGCAGUUUGACUACACAUAUCACUGUGGUGGAAAGCAGUUAUGCUUAUGUCAUUCAUAGUAUUCAUAUUUGAACUGCAAGAAGGGCAACUAGUGUCUGCAACUGCUGUCUCCAGUUUAACCAAUAGGAACCCUUCUCACCAGGCUACAUUAGCCUAACUCACAGGAGAGUAGAGAGGGCCAUGUAAACUGUGAUUACAACACAUGGAUGGACCAUAAGCUACAUUUACCAGAGCUAUGGAGACCUAUCAAGCUUCAGGAAUACAAUAAAUUGCAGCAAGGGCAUCCAUUGGAUCACUGUGCUGUCUAGUCUAAGCUUUUGAGAGCAGGUGAGUGGUGGUAGCAUUACCCAAAGCCUGGCUGUGACCGUUUUCUGAGCCAGAUUGAUUAUCACGCCCGGCCGGCACAGCUAAAGACUAGCCCAGACCCUGACUCAUCCCCUGAUAGGCUUGUUGCCUUAGGGCAGUUCCGCAGUAAUGGAAUUAUGCGGAGGGUUCGAAUUUUCACUUUAAAAUGUGUACCAAACAAAAAACAUUGAUUUCAAAGUUUAACAAACCAUAACUCUAUGCACAAGGACUUUCCUGCUUUUAACUAUUUCUGCAGAACAUUUUACAAAAUCGCAUUUACUGGAAGAACUAUGCAAAAACAAAGUUUGGUAACUGAACAAAGCUGAGGGAGAUUUUACCGUAAUUCUGUUACAGAACUUUGCAUUUUAAAUCUUUUUUUAUUGGUUUAUUAUAUUCACUGUGUAAAUUGUUCAAGGUAGUCAUUGUGCAUAGAGCUGUAUGAUUUUGUUAAACUUUUAAAUCAAUUUUUUGUUUGUUUGGCAUACGCUUUAAAGUGAAAAAUCUGAGUCUUAUCAGAUCUGCUGGUGACCAACACAGAGACGAAGGAUAGCCAUGCCCUCUGUCAACCCCAGCACCAGUGUCACUCCCAUCACACUCUUGCUUCCUAUAAUAAGAUAUGUCUCAUUCACACACAAGCUCAGAGUAGGUACUGCUUCAUGUUCAUGGGUACAGCGUAGGUCCUAGCUAAAGUAUAGGUGACCUAUAGAGCUACUGUCUGGGAAUCCAUUUCUGUAUUCCCCCUCUUUGUCCUGUAGCUAGCCAGGUACCAUAGAAAGUCAUUCAAAGCUAACAGGGUGGGUUUCUGCUGCAUAGCAGGAUGCUUAGCAGGUGAAUACAUUUCAGUCCUCUCUUUCCUCAGGCCACAGAGCCAGCUAAAAAUAAAGGUGCUAUGGUAUGACAUGGCACUGACAACGCUGUCUCUGUGUGUGUGUUUUGAACUAAGAGGAGGGGGAUUUCCAUUAUAUGCGAUUGUAUUAACUGUGUGAAAUAAGUGUUUGUUCCUUUUUAGCAAGCUGGUGACCAAGUCUUGAUACAGGAGGGGAAGUUGUGUAGGUGAUGAUGGUAUCUUAACCUUGUGUUUUUAGGAUGAGGAUGUGAACAGAACCCUGGAGGGAGGCAGGAAGCCCCUGCACUACGCUGCUGACUGUGGCCAGGCUGAGAUGCUGGAGUUCCUCCUCUCCAAGGGAGCAGAUGUCAACGUAAGAGCUGCUAGUGGGAAUACUGCAAUCAAUAUAGGCCUACUAUUGUUAUACAGUUAUUAGAAUACUGCUAUCAAUAUAGGCCUACUGCUGUAAUACAGUUAUUAGAAUACUGCUGUUAAUAUAGGCCUACUGCUGUAAUACAGUUAUUAGAAUACUGCUAUCAAUAUAGGCCUACUGCUGUAAUACAGUUAUUAGAAUACUGCUAUCAAUAUAGGCCUACUGCUGUAAUACAGUUAUUAGAAUACUGCUGUUAAUAUAGGCCUACUGCUGUAAUACAGUUAUUAGAAUACUGCUGUUAAUAUAGGCCUACUGCUGUUACACAGUUAGUAUUUAACAGCAGUAUUCUAAUAUCAGUCAUUCCUCUCUUCAUUUGAUUAUUACUGAUAUCUGGUACUGAUAUGGAAGAAGGCUAUGGUGGUAGGCCUCACUUUCACCUAUCUGCUCACGUUAGACAGAUCAGUUAUUACUGAUGACCAAGGAUAAGAAGGAAGGAAUGAUGUAUUUUCCCUUCUGUGUUUGCAUUAAUUUGCUUAUUGAAUAGGGCCAAAGGUACCAGAGAGAAAACACUCCUUAUCUGAUUCCACCUACAAAGCUUUCUACUAUAGUCAAUCACUAAAAUGUAGUAACGACUGGACUGACAUGCUUAACUACUGUAGACUCAGCUAGUGUUGUUCAGACGUGGAGAUGGUGCAGUUCUAUUUUGGACCAAUGGAUUCCUCCCUUAUUUAGGACCUUGUCAUUCUCCUGAAGCCCAUCUCCCAAUCUAUUCCCUCAUGUGCAGAGAGCGCCAUCUAAGGCCAGACCACAUACUCUGUCCGAAUCUCCCGAGCCUCAUCCUUACACACUGCGUGAGGGAAUCGAUCUGGUUUUACAAAUUGAGUAAGUAGUGAUGGGUUUUGGCAUUUACAAAGUUGGGAGAAAUUGGAGAUUUUCCUCGUUGUGCACUUCCGUUUUUUAAAAUAUAUUUGUUCUCCCUGUUUUCCCCCAGCCUUGCUUAGGGUCACUGCCCUCGACCAGACGGUUGCCCCGAACGUGUUGACCUUCGGCAACUCAACAAUUUACUUAUGUAGGGAAUUUCUUGUUAAGCCUUUCACUUCAACAUGCUAUUACCUUCAUGGUUGUUUUUUUCCCCUUUGCUUUCCCCAAUAUGCACGCACAGCUUUUCCGUGAUUUAUUUUGUAUAAUUUUUUUGAAACACGUUUUUUUUUUUUUCACUUCACCAAUUUGGACUAUUUUGUGUAUGUCCAUUACAUGAAAUCCAAAUAAAAUAAAUUUAAUUACAUGAUGUAAUGCAACAAAAUAGGAAGAAUGCCAAGGGGGAUGAAUACUUUUGCAAGGCACUGUAUAUAGACAGGUGUGUGUGUGCCUUUCCAAAUAAUGUCCAAUCAAUAGAAACAUGAUGCACUUGAGCUCAAUUGAGUCUCAUAGCAAAAGGUCUGAAUACUAAUGUAAAUAAGGUAUUUCUGUUUUUAUUUUUAAUUAAUUUGCAAACAUUUCUAACCCUGUUUUCGCUUUGUCAUUAUGGGGUAUUGUGUGUAGAUUGAUACAAAAUUAAUGUAAUCCAUUUUAGAAUAAGGCUGUAACAAAACAAAAUGUGGAAGAAAGUGUCUGAAUACUUCCCGAAUGCACAGUACAUCAGGAAGGUAUCUAAGCAUUGGAUCUAUUUGUAAAGUAAGGGGAAAUUAUACUGAAACACAGCUUGUGGUUUAAGGUUUAGCCAGUCUGGUGUAGGUUGAACACCUUAAAAUAACUCAGGAGGCUAACUCUUGUUCAAAGCCUUACCACACUGAUGAAUCGUUAGGCCUGCAGAACUCCUGUGUGAAAGCAACAUGCCUUUUAUGCAUUUUGUUUCUACAGUAGGCUAGGAGCUAGACAAUCUAUCUUUAUAGACCUACCAGUUGAUUAGCUAACUUCUGUGAAAUAGCCUAGCCCUAACCAUUAGGGUGGUCAGUAUUUAGGCUGUGCUUUCCUUUCAGCUUUUGGUAAUUGAGUCUAAUCAAAGUCAGAGGAGGUACGGCUAGUUCAAAAAUUUACUGAUUUUGGCAAGCAAUAACAUUACUAAUGCACUGAGGUGCUGCAUUACUCAUAUUGAUCUCCAAGGCUGCGUUUACACAGGCAACCCAAUUCUUCUGAUCUUUUGCCACUAAUUUGUCUUUUGACCAAUCAGAUCAGAUGUUUUGCCAGUAAUUGACCAAAAGAUCAGAAUUGGGCUGCCUGUGUAAACCCAGCCCAAUAAUCCCAGAUUACAAUUAAAUUGCAAUAGGAUGGAAAUGUUUCAGAUCUGGGCUAUUAAAUUGCGGAGAUGGAUUACUGCACAUGUGGAUAUUACAGACUGCGAUCCACUGUGUUUUCCCUUACCCCUCAACCCUAAUGAAACCAUUUAAAUUGGCACCAUAUCAUCCAGCUCCUGGAGGACCGGUGGGGCUCUGUGGGGUGAUUGGUGCAUAUAUAGCCAGUCAUACAGCUAGUGACGAGAGCAGUUUGACCACACAUAUCACUGUGGGGGAAAGCAGUUAUGCUUAUGUCAUUCAAAUGUAUUGAUAUUUGAACUGCAGGAAGGGCAACUAGUGUCUGCAACUGCUGUCUCAGUUUGUCCAAUAGGAACCCUUCUCACCAGGCUACAUUAGCCUAACUCACAGGAGAGUAGAGGGCCGUGUAAACUGUGAUUACAACACAUGGAUGGACAUAAGAUACCUUUUUACCAGAGCUAUGGAGACCUAUCAAGCUUCAGGAAUCCGAUAAAUUGCAGCAAGGGCUGGAUCACUGUGCUGUCUAGCCUAAGCUUUUGAGAGCAGGUGAGUGGUGGUAGCAUUACCCAAAGCCUGGCUGUGACCUUUUCUGAGCCAGAUUGAUUAUCACGCCCGGCCGGCACAGCUAAAGACUAGCCCAGACCCUGACUCAUCCCCUGAUAGGCUUGUUGCCUUAGGGCAGUUCCGCAGUAAUGGAAUUAUGCGGAGGGUCCGAUUUUUCACUAAAAUGUGUACCAAACAAAAAACAUUAAUUUCAAAGUUUAACAAACCAUUCAACUCUAUGCACAAGGACUUUCCUGCUUUUAACUAUUUCUGCAGAACAUUUUACAAAAUCGCAUUUACUGGAAGAACUAUGCAAAAACAAAGUUUGGUAACUGAACAAAGCUGAGGGAGAUUUUACCGUAAUUCUGUUACAGAACUUUGCAUUUUAAAUCUUUUUUUAUUGGUUUAUUAUAUUCACUGUGUAAAUUGUUCAAGGUAGUCAUUGUGCAUAGAGCUGUAUGAUUUUGUUAAACUUUUAAAUCAAUUUUUUGUUUGUUUGGCAUACGCUUUAAAGUGAAAAAUCUGAGUCUUAUCAGAUCUGCUGGUGACCAACACAGAGACGAAGGAUAGCCAUGCCCUCUGUCAACCCCAGCACCAGUGUCACUCCAUCACACUCUUGCUUCCUAUAAUAAGAUAUGUCUCAUUCACACACAAGCUCAGAGUAGGUACUGCUUCAUGUUCAUGGGUACAGCGUAGGUCCUAGCUAAAGUAUAGGUGACCUAUAGAGCUACUGUCUGGGAAUCCAUUUCUGUAUUCCCCCUCUUUGUCCUGUAGCUAGCCAGGUACCAUAGAAAGUCAUUCAAAGCUAACAGGGUGGGUUUCUGCUGCAUAGCAGGAUGCUUAGCAGGUGAAUACAUUUCAGUCCUCUCUUUCCUCAGGCCACAGAGCCAGCUAAAAAUAAAGGUGCUAUGGUAUGACAUGGCACUGACAACGCUGUCUCUGUGUGUGUGUUUUGAACUAAGAGGAGGGGGAUUUCCAUUAUAUGCGAUUGUAUUAACUGUGUGAAAUAAGUGUUUGUUCCUUUUUAGCAAGCUGGUGACCAAGUCUUGAUACAGGAGGGGAAGUUGUGUAGGUGAUGAUGGUAUCUUAACCUUGUGUUUUUAGGAUGAGGAUGUGAACAGAACCCUGGAGGGAGGCAGGAAGCCCCUGCACUACGCUGCUGACUGUGGCCAGGCUGAGAUGCUGGAGUUCCUCCUCUCCAAGGGAGCAGAUGUCAACGUAAGAGCUGCUAGUGGGAAUACUGCAAUCAAUAUAGGCCUACUAUUGUUAUACAGUUAUUAGAAUACUGCUAUCAAUAUAGGCCUACUGCUGUAAUACAGUUAUUAGAAUACUGCUGUUAAUAUAGGCCUACUGCUGUAAUACAGUUAUUAGAAUACUGCUAUCAAUAUAGGCCUACUGCUGUAAUACAGUUAUUAGAAUACUGCUAUCAAUAUAGGCCUACUGCUGUAAUACAGUUAUUAGAAUACUGCUGUUAAUAUAGGCCUACUGCUGUAAUACAGUUAUUAGAAUACUGCUGUUAAUAUAGGCCUACUGCUGUUACACAGUUAGUAUUUAACAGCAGUAUUCUAAUAUCAGUCAUUCCUCUCUUCAUUUGAUUAUUACUGAUAUCUGGUACUGAUAUGGAAGAAGGCUAUGGUGGUAGGCCUCACUUUCACCUAUCUGCUCACGUUAGACAGAUCAGUUAUUACUGAUGACCAAGGAUAAGAAGGAAGGAAUGAUGUAUUUUCCCUUCUGUGUUUGCAUUAAUUUGCUUAUUGAAUAGACCUAAUGGUACCAGAGAGAACAACACUCCCUUAUUCUGAUUCCACUCAUACAAUGCUUCUACUAUAGUCAAUCACAUACUGUAGUAACGACUGAGACUGACAUGGACUUAACUACUGUAGACUCAGCUAGUGUUGUUCAGACGUGGAGAGUGGUGCAGGUCUAUGUUUGGACCAAUGGGAUUCCUCCGUUAUGAAGGGACCUGUCAUUCUCCUGAAGCCAUCUCCCAAAUCUAUUCCCUCAGUGUGCAGAGAGCAGCACAGUCUAACUGGCCAGACCACAUACUCUGUCAGAAUGCUCCCGAGCCUCAUCCCAUUACCACACCACACUGCAGUGGAGGGAAUCGAUCUGCUUUUACAAUGGAGUAGAGUAGUGAUGGUUGUGGCAUUUACAAGUUAGGGAAGAAGAUUGUAUUGUACCGUUUUGUUCUUGUAUCUUUUUAGGUAGCCUCGGUGUGCAACUGUUCUUAAUAAUAAUAUUAGAAAUUUCGUAACCUUAUUCAAAGCUAUACUUUGGUCUCAAUCCCCUCAGGCCCUCAAUAUUGCCACACAAGCCUGAACGUGCUUAUGGGUGUCACUGGCCUCUCACUGACCCAAGACGUUAUAGUUAGUUUCACACAGACACGUGUUGACCGUUCAGGCGACACUUGCUAGAACAGGAAGUUCUGACCUUAAUGUACCUGUGGUGAAUUUGGAGAGCUCGUUAACUAGGCCUAACUCUCACUGCACACAGUCUGUAGAGCCAUGUCCUCUCCCAACCUCCAUUAUCCGCCUCAUGGUCUGAUCACCACCACACUUCUCAUUCACUCCAACUUCACCAUUUUGCUUUCUCUCUAAUCUGGUUUCACUAACAAGAGUCCCUGUCUCCCUCCCAGUCCCUUCAGAUAAGGGGCCCUAGCCAGAGCUCCUGAAACAGGGGAGAUAAAUACAGUGGCAGAGUAGAUUUCCUCUCAGUAAUUCAUUGACAUGAUAAGGAGAGAAAUAAAAGUGCUCCCUCUCUCUCUGAGUUAUUUCCUCUGAUAAUGAGAGUGAUGUGAUGUGCCCUUGUGUUGGAGGCAGGGACGACCCUGUGGUCUGCUGAUGUAUGACACCCAUCCACACACAAACCCGCUCUCUCCUUUUGUUCACUCUCUUUCUUUGGUCUCCCACAGGCCCCAGACAAACAUGGUAUCACUCCGCUGCUCUCUGCCACGUACGAGGGUCACCUCUCCUGCGUCAAGAUCCUGUUAGAAAAGGUAAUGCCUCACCGCGUGCGCACACGCAUGCACAGAGCUGUCUUUACACUGGUCAGUGCCAUUGCUGUGUUCGAAGUUCUGUGUGAC